AUGAAGAAGGCUAAGGAGAUCACUGUUCUUUGUGAUUCUCAAGUUUCUCUUGUAAUCUUCUCUAGUUCUGGAAAGAUGCACGAGCUAAUUGAGAUGUUGCAUGGAUACCACCAUGCAUCCGGGAAAAAGUUGUGGGAUGCUAAGCAUGAGAAUCUCAGCAAUGAAAUUGAUAGAAUCAAGAAAGAGAACGACAGCAUGCAGAUUGAGCUCAGGCGCUUGAAGGGGGAGGACAUCCAAUCUCUGCAAUACAAAGAACUUAUGGCUAUAGAGGAUGCCCUUGAAAUCGGGCUUUCUGGUAUUCGCAACAAGCAGGCAAGUCUCAUGAGACAAUUGCUAGAGGAGGAGAAUCAGGAGCUCAUUAACAUCUUGGUAUGUUCAUCAUCUUCCUCGUUACGAUACAAAAGCAUCUAA